GUGGAUGAAUGUAGAGCAGAGCGCGCGAGUGUGUGUGCGCGCGGAUGUCACACUCCGCGUUGCGCAUUUCACACGGUCUGAGUGGAGGGAGCGAAUAGGCGAUUGACAAACAGCCGAGUAUGAAUGCAUGCACAGACAUCCAUGUACGGGAAUAUCAUUCGCUAAGACACUAGCAGAGUGUUGGUCGUAAACAUCAGGCGGGGGGAACGUUAUGUGGGCAUCAUUUCACGGCGUGUGCUGCUGGAAUCGCAACUAAACAACUCGGGUCAACUCUAAGCUUCACGUUCGAAGGGUGAGGGGUGAAUCAGCUUGCUAUCCCAGUCCCCGGGAGAACGACUGAACCCAAAAAGAACAGGAUGCCAGAUCAAAUAUCGGUGUCGGAGUUUCUGUCGGAAACAACAGAGGAUUACAACUCUCCCACUACAUCCAGCUUCACCACCCGCCUGCAGAGCUGCAGGAAUACAGUCAGUGUGUUAGAGGAGGCUUUGGAUCAGGACAGAACCUCACUGCAAAAGGUCAAGAAGUCAGUCAAAGCCAUUUAUAAUUCCGGCCAAGAUCAUAUUCAAAAUGAGGAGACGUACGCCCAGGCUUUGGAUAAGUUUGGCAGUAACUUCAUCAGUCGGGAUAAUCCAGAUCUGGGCACGGCCUUCGUUAAGUUCUCCACUUUGACUAAAGAGCUCUCUGCCCUGCUCAAGAACCUGCUCCAGAAUCUGAGUCAUAAUGUGAUCUUCACACUGGACUCCCUGUUGAAAGGCGACCUGAAAGGCGUAAAGGGGGACCUGAAAAAACCCUUUGACAAGGCCUGGAAGGACUACGAAGCUAAGUUUACAAAGAUCGAGAAGGAAAAACGUGAGCAUGCCAAGCAGCACGGCAUGAUCCGAACAGAGAUCACUGGUGCUGAGAUCGCCGAGGAGAUGGAGAAAGAACGGAGGCUUUUCCAACUACAGAUGUGUGAGUACCUGAUCAAAGUGAAUGAAAUAAAGACCAAAAAAGGGGUUGACCUUCUUCAGAACUUGAUCAAGUAUUACCACGCACAGUGCAACUUUUUCCAAGAUGGCUUGAAGACUGCAGAUAAGCUAAAGCAGUACAUUGAGAAAUUAGCAGCUGAUCUUUACAAUAUCAAACAAACACAAGAUGAAGAGAAAAAGCAGCUCACGGCACUAAGGGAUCUCAUUAAAUCCUCUCUACAGCUGGACCAAAAGGAGCAGGACUCUCAGAGCAAACAGGGUGGCUACAGUAUGCACCAGCUGCAGGGAAACAAAGAGUUUGGCAGUGAAAAGAAAGGCUAUCUGUUGAAGAAGAGUGAUGGGUUGAGGAAGGUGUGGCAGAGGAGGAAGUGUUCAGUUAAAGGAGGAAUUCUAACCAUCUCUCAUGCCACUUCAAACAGGCAGCCUGUCAAACUCAACCUGCUCACAUGUCAGGUCAAGCCCAGCGCUGAAGACAGGAAGUGCUUCGAUCUCAUUUCCCAUAACCGCACAUAUCACUUCCAGGCAGAAGAUGAGCAGGAAUUUAUGAUAUGGAUCUCAGUGUUAACUAACAGUAAGGAAGAGGCGCUUAACAUGGCCUUCAGAGGAGAGCAGGGUGGAGGAGAUGAUGGGCUGGAAGAUCUCACUAAAGCCAUAAUAGAUGAUGUGUUACGGAUGCCCGGAAAUGAAGUGUGCUGUGAUUGUGGUGCUCCAGAUCCCAAAUGGUUGUCGACUAACCUCGGAAUUCUGACAUGCAUCGAAUGUUCAGGCAUUCACCGGGAGAUGGGCGUCCACAUCUCGCGUAUUCAGUCUAUGGAGCUAGACAAACUGGGAACCUCGGAACUCUUGCUGGCCAAGAAUGUGGGAAACAGUAGUUUUAAUGAAAUAAUGGAAGGAAAUCUUCCUUGCCCCUCUCCCAAACCAACUCCUGCUAGUGACAUGACUGUUCGUAAAGAGUUUAUCAAUGCUAAGUAUGUAGAUCAUAAGUUUGCAAGAAAAACCUGCAGCUCAGCAGCAGCCAAGAUGAGUGAGCUGUUUGAAGCUGUCAGGUCACAUGACCUGCUAGCUCUCAUCCAGGUGUAUGCCGAGGGGGUAGAGCUUAUGGAGCCACUACCUGAAGGAGGACAGGAAGGAGGAGAGACUGCAUUGCACUACGCUGUGAGGACAGCUGACCACACCUCGCUGCACCUGGUCGACUUCCUUGUCCAGAACAGUGGGAAUCUGGAUAAACAGACGGAGAGGGGAAACACGGCCCUGCACUACUGUUGCCUGUAUGAGAAACAUGAAUGCCUCAAACUACUGCUGAGAGGCAAACCAGCUACUGAUAUCACCAAUCAGAAUGGAGAAAUGGCUCUGGAUGUGGCAAGGCGGAUGAAGAACAUCCAGUGUGAGGAAACGCUGGUACAAGCCGCUGCAGGAAAAUUUAAUCCUAAAGUCCAUGUGGAAUAUGAAUGGAAUCUCAGACUGGAAGAGCUUGAUGAGAGCGACGAUGAUCUGGAUGACAAACCCAGUCCCAUUAAGAAGGAUCGUUCUCCUCGGCCGCAGAGUUUCUGUCACUCAUACAGUCUCUCUCCUCAUGACAAGCUCUCUCUGCCUAGUUUCACUGGCCAGCGUGAUAAGCAGCGCCUCUCAUACUCUGCAUUCUCCAAUCAGAUGUACAGCGUUUCUACCGACUGCCCGUCCUCUCCAGUCUCAGAUGCCCCACCUCUGCCUCCUAGGAAUGCAGGAAAAGCCCCUCCCUUGUCGAACCUGCCCCCCUCCACCCCUGCCGCACAGACCCCUGCUAGUGGCAGCUCCACCCUGUCAAAGAAGAGGCCCCCGCCCCCUCCCCCUGGACACAAACGCACGCUAUCCGACCCCCCUACCCCUCUCUCACACACCCCAAUCAGUAAAGGAAGUGAUUCAACGCCGCCUCCUGUCAACAAGAUGUCUCCUGUAACUAACAGAUUUGAGGGUAUCCCACAACAGCAAAGUCUCAACACCACAAAGCCCACACUUGGUCCACGGGUCCUUCCCAAACUACCUCAGAAGGUUGCCCUGCGUAAAAUAGACACAAUCCAUCACCCAUCUAUGGAUAAAACCAACCAGCCUCCUGAACCUGUCCUGUUCCAGAAGGUUCUGCAGAGUUCAGACACGCCACAGAAAAUUCCGUUAGCCGACAGACCUCAGCAUGGAGAUAUACCUCCUAAACCACAGCCUUCAGAAUUACCCCCUAAACCAGGAGAAUUGCCUCCAAAGCCUCAGCUAUCUGACCUUCCCCCUAAACCCCAGUUGGGUGAUCUACCCCCUAAACCUCAGCUGAAAGAUCUCCCGCCCAAACCUCAACUGACAGACAUCUCCCCACCCAAACCUGUAACCACUGAGGUCCUCCACAAACCUCCUCCUGGAGAAGUGGCUCCCAAGCCCCAACCACCAGAUACUCCAAUAAUCAUUCAACAAGCUGAACUGUCACCUCAACCUGUGCAGUCUAGUAAAGACACCAAUGGAAGUCCAACAUCUGCACAAGAGACACCUGUACCAUUGCCCAGGAAAAUAAAUCCGAUAAAGAGUAAAAUGCGGAGGGUGAAGACUAUCUACGAUUGUCAGGCAGAUAAUGAUGAUGAGCUCACUUUUGUUGAGGGUGAGGUCAUUGUAGUAACUGGGGAAGAAGACCAGGAGUGGUGGAUUGGACACAUCGAGGGGCAGCCAGAGAGAAAAGGUGUAUUUCCCAUGUCUUUCGUCCAUAUCUUGUCUGAUUGACAGGCAAAUGUCAGUCCUCCACCUCCACUUAUGGGACGCACUUGACGUAGCUGCUGAAUCAUCAAUGCAAGUUUUAGGAAGAUGGAACCACAAUGAAAACCACAUUAUCACCUUACCAUCGUCAGAGACAGAGUGUAAAUAAAAUGUAACUUUACCGCUGUUACCCGUACCAUUUUAUACAGCCUACCGCAUGGUGGCUAGACUGCACCCACUUAAAAGACCAGCACUUUCCCUCCACUAUUGAGACUGUAUCUCUGUAUAUAGGGUUGUACAUAAAAUGUGUGUGUGUGUGUGUGUGUGUUUCACACAAGGAUGAGUGUGUGCUUUUGUGUAAAUGUAGAAACUUGUGUUGGUCUGAAAAGUAAAUGUGUGAACUUAUACUCUACUUGCCAGUAUGUUACAGCUGGGGCCAGUUUUGUUAAAAUAAGUUGAAGUAUUAAUGUGGCCAUUGUUGCGAUCAUCUAUAGCAGGGACAGACAGGAGUCGACUUCUCUUCCUAAUCGAAUAACUGGACUCAUAAGUUUCCUGAACAUCAGUUGUUUUUACCGUCACAUUUCCUAAUACACCACUAAAGCAUGUCCAAGAGUGAAAUAUGUUAAUUUGUGUUUGCUAUUCCGUGUUCUUGCUACUCAGUGUAAAAAAUUAUUAACCUGUGCAAUGCAUACACCAUUACCUGUGUCUUUUCACAGGGUGUUCCUACGUGAUCCCAUAUCAGUGUUUGUUUUAUCUGCGCAAAUAAUUUUACUACAGUCUUACUGAAGGACAGUGCUCUGUAACAGUGGUGUUCCACAAACACAAAGGUCAGCCUUUGUCAUCUUUAAUAUUGUGAUUUGAGAGGUCUUAGAUACUUGAAAUACUUUUGAAACUUGGAAGUUGUUUACUUGGUUUAUAGAUGUUAUGUUUUCAAGUGAUAGACAUGUACUGUAUUGCAAUUGGAACCUAUGCUUUGUCCAUGCUGCCAGUAACCUCAUGUUAGAGCUGAAUAACAGCUGCCUCAGCUAUUUAAAUUCCCAAUGAAGGACUAUAACCACCAUAGUUUUUAAUGCAAGAUUUAGUCAGUCUUGUGUUAAUUUACUUUCAAGCAACAAUCCAAGAUUAUGUCAGCAUUGUUUCCUUAUGGUAGAUGGGAUCUAUCCCCCAAAAUUUAAAUGAGCAUGGUAUCAAGUCUAACUCAGAAGGAAGCACAGUAGAACUUAAUUUCAUUCUCUUUGGAAGUGAAAUAGGUCUGAUAUGCUACAGGUUUCUUUUUGACUGCAGAUUCUGAGGACGGUGUCCACUGUCUGAACAUGUUCCUCACUUACCAUUCCAUUAUCAAUAAAAUGGUUUCAUGUUAAACAAGA